AUGGGACGAGGAGAACUUGAGGAAAUAUGUGAUCGAUAUCUCAGCCGUCGUGAAGAACAGCAAAAAGUCACAGAAGCUGUUGAGCGCUGUUUGAAGAAAGGUUAUGACUAUGAAAAGUUGAAGGAUCGUGUGCUUGAAGCUAUAUCUGAUUCUCAUCGAGCUCACAAAGUCAUAUCAGCUAUUUGCAUCGCUUAUCCACAAUUCCGCAAAAGGACCAGGUUCGAAGAAAACAAAGAUGACUCGAAAAGGAGCAAGAAGGAUCGCGGAAGGUCUCGCUCUCGUGAAAGAAGUAGAAAAGAAAAGGAAAGAGCUAAGGACAGUGAGAGAGAAAAGGAACGUCGAAGAAGAGAAGAGGAGAUUAGCAAGAAGGAACUUGAAAAGGAGAAAGAGAAAGAGAAAUUGAAAAAUCUUGCCAAGGAGCUUUACCAGAAGAAACUCGAGGAAGAAGAAGCGAAGAAAAAUGUUGUGGUCACUGAGGAAACGCUGAGGGCGAAAGAACUCAUGUACAAAGCCCAACAAGAAAUAGAGGAAAGGAAGCGUCAGUUAGGUCUCGGAGCUGCGGCGCCGAUGCUGACUGGAGUCACUGCGCAACCGGCAACUACGGCAAAGAAUGUCGCUUUGAGACCUCAAGAAGCCCAGAUGUUCAUUCAGGCCUCUAUGAAUAAGAAGAGCAGAGUAGAUGAGUUGAAGGCGAAACUUGCUAAAGCAACAUCAACUAUAAACUCUUUGGUGCGUCCUAAUGCGCCUGUUAUGGCUCCUUUACCGGAUAUUGCACCUGGAAUCCUAAAGGAACGUGACGAAGAUGUUGAGGAGGAACUCCUGGAAUUUAUGGAUCCAAGAAUCAGCGCACGGCCGGCUGAAAGGAAGAAGAAAAUGUUCAACUUCCACGAAAAAGGAGAAUUCGAACAGUUGGCUAAUAAACAAAGAGCCGUAGCUAAACUGGAGAAACUGCAGGCUGAAAUUUCGCAAGCCGCAAAGAGUACUGGAAUUUCAUCAGCCGUUAAACUAGCUAUGAUUACCCCUGCUGGAAAAAGUUCGGAUGACGUACCGGAUAUUGAGUGGUGGGAUUCCAUUGUUCUAGAAAGUGACAGUUAUGAUGACAUACCUGGUACCGAUGUAGAAACAAGAUUCAAAGACACUAUUAGCGAACUUGUUGAGCAUCCUAUAAAGUUAAAAGCUCCGACAGAUCCGAUGACGCCUCAGUACCUGAAGGUUUAUCUCACCUCUAAAGAACGAAAGAAAAUCAGACGGCAAAACCGUAAGGAGAUGCAGAAAGAACGUACAGAAAUGAUAAGGAUUGGUCUCGCUAAGGCUCCAGCGCCAAAGGUGAAAAUCUCAAAUCUCAUGCGAGUACUCGGAAGUGAUGCGGUGCAGGAUCCGACCAAAAUGGAGGCACACGUUAGAAAACAGAUGGCAGAUAGAUUAAGAAAGCAUCAGCAAGCAAACGCAGAGCGGAAGCUGACAGAUGAGCAGAAAGCUGCAAAGAAAACGAAGAAGAUUGCUGAAGAUACGUCCCUUGCUGUCCAUGUAGCCGUGUAUCGGAUAAAAUCUCUGCUGCAUCCAGCCAAGAAGUUCAAAGUAGAGAUGAAUGCGAAGCAGCUACAGAUGACUGGCGUCAUUUUACUACAUAAAAACAUAAAUCUUGUUGUUGUCGAAGGAGGCCCCAAGCAGCAGAAGUUUUAUAGAAAUCUCAUGUUGAACCGAAUAAAAUGGGAGGAUGAGGUGAUUGGGCAGAAAAAAGACGCUGAGAAGGAUGCUCCCGGAGAGAGGAAUUCUUGUCAGCUGAUAUGGGAGGGACAAGUAAAACGACGUAAUUUCCGUGAUUUCACAGUUGUUACGGCCACUAUAGAGAAACAGGCGAGGGAUUUGCUAGAAAAACACAAUGUAGCUCAUUACUGGGAUGUCGCAUACAGUACGACUGUUCUACUGGACGGCCAGGAUGCAACUCCCAUAUGA